GGCCUUUGCACUUGUUUCCUAUGCCCCGCCCACCGGAAGGCCACAGAGAGAGGACGCGGGAGGCCCAGCGGGCUGCAGGGCCAGUCCAGGCCCCCAGCCUGCCUGUUGGGUUUACAAAACUGGGCUAGGGAGGAAAAACCCGCCCAUAUGAGAGUGGGGUGUCCCCUCCCUCUCCUGAGAACCAGGUCUCCCGGAUUUGAGCUGAGGCAACCAGGGCCUCUGUACCCCCAGGAGCUGACUCAGGAGUGACUCACUGCUGAUUCUGUGAGUAGUCCUACAAGGACGGAGCAAAACAAUGAGAUGGGAGGUCGCUAAGCCUGGUGACACGGUGGGCUAGAGUCACCUGGCCUGAGCCCACGGCGGGUGGGGGAGCAAGUCCUGGGCCACAGAGGGUCUGUCAGCUAACUCCCUUCCCCCCGGGAGUGCCCCUCUCCCGCCCUCUCCUCUGCAGCGGGGGCCCUGGCCUCCUGGGCCUGCCCUCCAGAGCACCCCCCCCAGAACCUCAUCCUCACCCACCUGGGGUUCCCUGCAGCCCAUGGAUGUGCCAACUGAGGGCUCUGUGGUUGUGUGAACCCGAUGGUGGUUCACACAAAGAGAUUCAUUCUAAAAGUCAAGGAAGCAGCUAGGUGCGGUCAUGCCGGCGGACUGCUUACAAAGUGUCUCCGGCUACAAAUUGCCCGUGAAGUGAGUUUCUGAGAAGGCAGCGUGGGGUUCUGGCUGGCUGGCUUUUUGGCCCCCUUCCUAAGGAGCAGCUUCUCAAACAUUGGUUCGUGUUGUUUUGAUGACCCUUGUGUUGUUACCAGAUCACAGUAGAUGCCUUGGGGUUGGUUUUAUCAAAAAACAAACAGGGCCCUGGCCUCCUGCUCACCUGGGAACCAGCCUGGGGAGGGAGUGGUGACUCAGGUCAGCGCCACAUCCAAAUCCCAGCCCUCCCUUUGUGACCCAGUCCCCUCCUUACCUGCCACUCGCCCUGCCCCCUCUCCCGCCUUCAGCCCGUGCCCCCUCUUGCUGUGCCUCCUCCUCCCUCUGUCCUCCGAGCUCUCCCAGCACCCCUCGCCCCUUCUUCUGCCCCUGCUGCUUCUCCUCAUUCUUCCCCUCUCCGUCUUCUGUUCCUCAUGUUCUCCCUGGUCCCCGGUAACAGAGGAUCCCCCACAGAAGCCCCUGAGGGAGGGAACGGGUAGGGGUAUUGCCAGGACACUCCAGUGGGGGUGGGUUCUCUCUGAUUUGGGCUCUCAGCCUCCAGGGAGCCCCCAGCGCACCCUCCUGGAGGAGCUGGAUGGCGGGCUGGGAGCGCAGGCUGGGCGCCAAGUGGGGAACCAGCACCUGGGUCCCCACCGCAGCACCGUAUGCAUUGACCCCUCUUUGCUCAGGGCUGGGGCAUCCAGGAGGUGGAAGCCGAGUCCACCCAGUGCCAGCAGAGAAGCCCUUUUGCUCCUGAGUUGGAGCUGGGCUAGGAACACCCCCCAAAUCUGGACCAUUCUGGGUGGGGAGGACUGGCUGUUUUGGCUCCAUGGACCCCACCUGCCUCUGGGGACCACAGAGUCCCUGGGCCUGCCGGCAGUCUCCUCAGGAGAAGUCCCUGGGGCCCAGGGGGCAGCUGUCUCCACCUGCCACAGCCUCCCACACAGAACAGCCCUUCCCAGAGCUCCCCUGACCUCCCCAAGGUGACAAAUGUCAUUCCAGCAGGAGCUGCCUUAGCUGCGGGCUACUCAGUCUGUCCCUCCACAUGCUCUUGCCUCAGGUCUUUAACCCUUGAUGAGACGUCCACCCCCACGCCCGGGACUCCAUGGUUCUGCCCGCACAUCCAGAGCAAGUGAGCACACAGGCACUGAGUCCAGCUCUUGUGCGGUGGCAGCCUCCGUGCCAGUCUCUUUGUCAGUGCUGCUGCCCCCUAAGGCACCUGAAGGAGUCUCACCACUGCCCCAGCUGAUGGGGUCCUGGCGAACUCACCAGUGUCCAUGUCGAGUGCAGCCCCCCAAAAUGCCCUCCAGCUGGCGGUCAGGGAAAACACACUGUACGGCGCCCGAUCAAUCGGGAGAAUUUGCUCAGCGACUGAGAGGAGCAGAUGCCCCGCGAGGCCUGCAGACGCCCUGUGAGCAAGCUGAGGGGACCGGCCAGGCCCCAGGGCCACAGGGGCGGAGAGCAGGUUCCCAGAGCCGGUUCCAGCGUGGCGGGCUCCGGGCUCCUCAGAUACCAGGGGGUGCCCGGAAUUCAGCCCAGUCGUGACACGGUCCACCCAGGGACAGCAGCAGCCCCACAGCUCUUUGCUCUGCACGAGGCCCUUCCAGAAAGCAGUGAGGAGAGGACAGGGAGGAUCACAGGUCCCUGCAGCCUCCUGAUGGACACAAGGCCCUGGAAACAGCGAGCAAGCCCUUCACUGAGGACCCUGACAUCUCGCCGAUCCCGGGGCACGUCUGAAAAUGCCUGUGACUUUGAAGUCCGGAUAAGUGUCAUUGUCAAGGUCACGGGCACUGCUGAUGAGCUUGGUGUGGUCACACGCACACGUGAAGGAAACACCAAAUUUCCAGUAGAAAACACCCAAAAUAAACAGGCAGGAGCCACUGGAGGCCUGUGCCCACGGGGUCGCUCGGGUGCAGCUGGACCCGACAGCCGGCGCCAGCUGCCAGCCUUGGCUGUGCGUGUGCUCGGUGGCGAGGUGCAGAACCUGCCUUCCUGCGGUCACCGUCCCCCAGUGUUUGGAAGCCCUGUCCCUGGAGGUCGUUGGGACUCGAGGCAAGCUCUCGUGUGGGAUCGCGGGCUCGGGAUGGGGCACACAAAGAACGGGCGUGCCCGGGGUCUGCACGAGCUCCCAGGCUGCUCUCACAAUCACACCUCCAGGAGCCUGUCUUCAGCUGCCUUCGCCCUACGGGUCGCACCGCCUGGAAUGCCCUCGGCCCUGUCUCCACCGGGCCAGGCGUCCCUUCACCUGCAGGCCCAGAUGCUGCCUCCUUUCAGAAGGGGUGGGGGGGGCCACUGGGAGGUAGGGUCCCCCCCUGAAGGAGGGAGGAUCCCUGGAGGCAGGGUCCCCGCAGCAUGCCCCUCUUCCUCUGCCUCUGUGCGGGUGCCGGACUCAGUGCCCUGCCUGUGUCCCCGUGGAUGCAGCUGCCGCCACCUGCUUCCGCCUCCAUCCCCCACAGGGCACCCUUCAGGCGGACCCCUGGCCUCUUCUCUUAACCGUGAGGGGCUGGGGGAGCCCAGGCCCCGGCAGAGGUGCGCUCAGAGAGCGGGGAUGUGAAUGGCUGGCUUCCCUGAGGCCCGUCACCCACUCGGUGAAGACCAGGACUGAGCCUGGGCCGUCAGAGGCCCACUGGAUGCGCUUGGGGUCAGCACGGGGUAGGAGGCGUCCUUGGAGCCCAGACUCCCGAAAGAUGGGAGAUCUCGGAGGCCCAAGUUCUGCACAGGCAGAAUCCCCGAGGCCUGGGGCGUCAGACCCGCUCCUUCCGCACCCUGCACCCUCACUCCGGAAGCCUCGUCCCCUGCCAGCUGGGAAAGCUUCGGUCACACCCCGGACCCAAGGACCACACGUGGAGCCGCCGUGCUUGCAGAAGCAUUAUUUAUUGCCGGAUUCCAGCUGAGGUCGACUCAGCUCCCC